AUAUCUUUUGCCCUCGUCCCUCGAAAGCUGAAAUGCAGCAGUACUAGGUCAAGAUCAAAAGCCAACACCCAACAAGAAGAAGAACAGAGAGCUUUUUCCCCUUCGAUUGGACCCUAAAUUCAUCAAUGGCACUCGCUUCUCGCUUACUCUCUAGAUCCACUCGCCAGUUAUGUGCUGGUCAGGUUGUUCUUCGACCCGAGCAUGCAGUUCCAAUUCGUUCCUUUGCGAAAGAAGCUGCUGCUCCUCCUGCACUGAAGGGAGACCAGGUAUUGAAGGACAUCUUUUAUGAGGUUAAGAACAAGCUUGAGACAGCAAUUGGUGUCCUACGAAAGGAGAAGAUCACCAUAGAUCCAGAAGAUCCUGCUGCUGUAUCUGAGUAUGCAAAUGUCAUGAAGUCUGUUAGACAAAAGGCUAAUCUCUUAUCAGAGUCUGAAAUUACUAAGUUCAACAUCGAAGUAGAAACACAUGAAAUUCCAGAUGCCCGGACAUAUUUGUUGAAACUGAAGGAGAUGCGUGUCAAGAGGGGACUCAUCGAUUCUCAAGGUAUAGAGGAUUUGCAGAUGGCAGCAUUGGAUAAAGUUGAGAAAGAAAUAAAAAAGCCACUAAUGAGGAACGACAAAAAGGGAAUAGCUCUUCUUACAGCUGAGUUCGAUAAGAUCAACCAGAAGAUUGGCAUUCGUAAAGAAGAUCUGCCCAAAUACGAAGAACAGUUAGAGCUGAAGAUUGCCAAGGCACAGUUAGAAGAACUGAAAAAGGAGGCUCUUGAAGCAAUGGAAACUCAGAAGAAGAGGGAGGAGUUCAAGGAUGAGGAGAUGCCCACUGUGAAGUCUCUGGACAUCAGAAACUUCAUUUAAAAAAUGAAAUUUGCUUGAAGACUUAUUUUCUUUUUGCACCUCGUUGAUCUCCUGUUACCCUUGAACAUAAAUUUUACUAUCCCUAAAAGUGUAGUUGUACCAGAAUCCAAGAGGCUGCCUUUUGAAUAAUAAGAGAUCUGACCAGGAAAUUAGCUUUCAUGUGAUUUUGGGGCCUGAGCAUCUUUAUCUCUGCUCCUUAUUUGCAACUGAUCUUGGUCAGUUGUUUUUUGCACUUUCUACUUUAUUUCAAUGAAUGAGAACUAAGAUGCAUGAUUGUAUCAGAUGUUUCAAUUUUCGAUGCUUUUGUGAUGGCUUUACUGA